AUGAUAUUGGAUAAAACAGACAAUAGUUUUUGUUAAUUUGUGGAAAAUUUUUCAAAUAUGAAUAAUGUAGAGAAACUUAUAUGGAUUUUUUGACAGAUGGAGAGCGAGGCAAAGAAAAUGGGAAGAGGGUGUAUAUGGUCGAUUUUUUAGGUGGGCUAUUUUGUUUAAAGUAUUUUAUUGAACCUUAUUAUGCGUAAUAUUUUUUAACUGCAUCAGGAAAUUUAAUAUUUUUUUCCGUAUCGCUAGUGCAAUAUAAAUAUAUAAUAGCCUAGUACAGUGGUUAUAUAGAGAUACGUGGGUGAACUACGGGGAUUUCGGGAUGUUCUGUUCCUGUGUUUACUGUAGUUAAAUACGGCGAAGAAGUGCCCAAGAGUUUAUUGCUCGCAUCACACCAACGGCUGUAAUUAGCCGUUCUGUUUUAACAGUUGUUAGUUGUGUUUUAGCAGUUGUUAGUUAUGUUUUAGCAGUUGUUAGUUGUGUUUCAGCAGUUGUUAGUUGUGUUUUAGUUGUUAGUUGUGUUUUAGUUGUUAGUGGGUGUGUUAUAACGAGUUUGUUAGUGGGUUUAUUAAAGUAGAGGUGUUAGUGAAUGCGUUGUAGGGGUUUGUUAGUUGGUGUAUUAAAAUAUUCGUGUUAGCAGGUGUUAGGAAUGUGUGAAGCGUACUGAAUAGUGUAAGUAUACUACCCAGUGACAAAAUACACAAAAUACAAUUAUUAAAACAAGAUGAUAAUUGAUGUACGAAGUGAAGUGUGAGUAUUGGUGUACGAAGCAGACAAUGUGGUGGCUGGAGGUGUACGAAGCGACAGUGGCAGCAGGAGAGACCUCAACGUGGCCUAAGGAACUCCUGAUCUUGGAAGCAGGGGACUAUAGAUUACUAUGUCUGAAGCUGUUCCUAACAGAGAACCUAAAGGCAUUAGUUCCACCAUGUCUGAGCAUUUAAGAAAUGUCAGUAUAUCAAGUUUAUCGACUCCACAUCAAAUAAGAAUUAGUUCUUCUGAACCAGAUAUCUCGAGCAAUACUUGUGUGCCUGAGGAAGUCUUUGAGUCAAAGAGUGAUGGCAACAGUUCAUCAUGGGAGACCUGGAUAUCCACAUCAUCAAUGGAAAGCAAUUACUACUCAACCACUUCAUCAGAGGAACGUUAUUAUUCUCCCUCUUCACAAAAGGAAAGCCCUAAAAUUACUUCCGAUGAUUCCAGCACCACUGACCCCUUUACUUCCCUUAAAAAUAAACAGCACCUGAACAAAUUUACAGACACUUCUUGCAGCAGUGUGUGUAAUGUAAAUAACCCUAAUAUAUCUGAUAGCAGAAUUACAGCAAUGCCUUAUGAAAGCAAUAUCCCAACAAGAUUAAGCGAGUCAGUGACUGAUAAAAAACCAUCAGAACCUCGUAUCUGUGAUACACCUCUCACUCGUAAAAAAAAAAAAUAUGGAUUUUUGACUGAUCCUGAGAUUGAAUUCAAGGCAAAGCCUAAGAAAGGUUAUAACCCAUUCCUGAAUACAUAUAAAUCAGUCCCUUUACCUUCUCAACUAGAGUCAGAAAUUCACAGCUUAGAACAACUGAUUUAUAAUAUCGAACUUCAGUUACCUCCACUAAAAUCUUUAUUAAAAAGAUUAAAGCAAGCCAAGCUGUGGUCUAAUUUAUUAAAUUUACAAGAAUAUUGUGAACCAUCAUUACAAGACUUUUUAAGAAUGAAAUCAGACAUUUCUAAAAGCUAUGAUGUUACAAAAUUGUCAGAUUUAGACUUGUUAUUUCUAAGUGAUGACAUUUCUAAAGUGGGAAAAAAUGACAAGAAUAUUACUGAGAAGUUGCAGGAUAAAGACUUGAGUGCUGCCAAAAAUGAAAAGUCCUGCCAAGUUUUGUUUGAACAAUUGCAGUCCUCAGAAAGCUUGAAGCCCGGUGAGUGUUCUCCCUUGGGACAAUUAUUAAUCAGUGAUGAAUGGGAAUUUGAUUAUCCUCAUCUUUGUUUAACUCCUGAAGGCAAGCAGUGUAGUGCAUCAUGUCCUGACAAAAUUGACCCAUCACAGUAUAUUUGUCAUGGCUCGGAGAAACCAAGAACAGAAAAUGUUGAGCAUGAGGAGUGGUCAGAUACUAGGCGAAGAAAGAGAAUUUCCUUUAAUAAUUGCAUUUCACAUAGUGUGUCUAGUAUGAAGAAAAAUGGCAAAGAUUUUUUGCCUUUAAUUACAAAUGAAAAGCAAUGUUCCAAAUGUUUGACAAAUUUCUGCUUCUGUGUGAAAGUAGGGGACACUAGUGAAGAGGGUUCUUCUUGUAUCCCUGGUUUGCCUGUGAAACCAACCGCAAAAGCAAGCGGCAAGCAUCUUCUAAAAGACGCAAACAAAGAUGAUUUUUACAUGAUGAAGUGUGAAGGCGGACCAAGAUACAACUUGCGUAGCUCGAGAAGAAUGCACGGACGUUGUGAUUCAUUAUAGGUCGACUGUCAUCACUGAAGGCUUGGUAUUUACCUGGUCACUGUCAAAGUCAUAAAUGUUUUAAAUAUUUUGUGUCUGCUUGAUUCAUUUUAUAUUUUGUAACUGAAAAUAAUAUACUUCUGAGAUGAAAAGGCAAUAUAUAUACAGUGUGUACAUUUGAUACAAAAUAUCAUACAAAUUUGAUAUACUUAGUAUCAGUGACAUUUGUUAAAUUUAUAGUUGAGAAUGUAGAUUUUGUAAAUAAAUGAGUUUGCAAAAUGUGUGCAGAAAUUUAUAUGUACCUACUAUACUGUACAUAUUUUAACUAGGUACAGUAUACUGGUAGUUAUAUUGGUAUAAGUAUGUUAUCAGAAAACCAAAUGGUGGGUAAGCUGAGUACAGCAUAAUAGAGCUUUUGUAUAUGGACAUGAAAUAAAAUAAAUUAUUGUUGGUAAUAAUAUUUUUAAAGGAUUUGUAUAUGAAUACUUUUCUAGCAAGAUAUUAAGAAGAAAUUUUAGGUUUAUUUGUAUUAUUUUCCAUCUUAUUUGAAGCCAUGAAUGCAUUAGAAAUUAGAGACACUCUGCAUCUGUUUACUUGAAAUAUGAGUUAUAUGUAUUUAAUAUUAUACAGUAGCUUAGCUUGAGCAGAGCAUGAACUGUUGCUAAUGAUGCAAAUAAACUCGUAAAUGUGUGUAGACUUUAUGCGUAGAUGGUGUUUUGCCAGUACAUUACUAGUAAAAUGUAGUCUACAGAUAAAAUCUAUUGUCAACAAAUAUUUCUGAACAUCAUUAUAGCUUCAUCAAUUAAAUAAAGUGUUAUGGAAUUAUUAUAUGAUGUAGCACUUUUUAACACGUUUUGAGGAUGUAAUUUAUAUUAAAUUCUAUUGUGUAAGAAUAUAUAUGGUCAUAUAUUUUUUUUUUAAAUUUAAGAUGGCCAUUUUAGUGGUGUUACAAGAUGACCAUUAUUAAUGUAAUACCAUAUUUAAAAACUGAUAAUAAUCUUAUAUCAGAUCUGAGAAGAAAUUGUAACCAUAAAGUAUAAGGAGAAAAUUCCUAUUAUUAUUUCAUCUAGCCAAUACAUUACUAGUACAAUACUCACAUUCAUGUGUAAAUAUAAGACAUUAAAGGAUCAUUUCAAAGGAGUUUAACUUUUUUCCUUCUGUAUUUUCCUGUAUUUAAAUUUGCAUUGUAAAGCCAAAAUUCAAAGGUCUUUCGUAAAUGACCAUAUUUCAAUGUUCAACAUGAAAGAUCUGUUAUAGAAACCUAUUAGUUGAUACAUUUUGAAUUUAAAGUUAUGAAAUACAUCCAGGUAUAAUUCUACAGAAUAAAGGAAUGACAAGUUUGAUGCUUCUCUCUUAAUUUUAAUAUAUAAAAGGAAUGAUAGGAGCCUUCCUGCUUAACUAUUGUUUGUUUUGUCUAUUUCCUGAUUAAUUAUUGUUUGUUUUGUUUAUUCAGAACAUUAUUUUUUCAUUAUAAUAUAUUAUUGAAUUUAGUAGAAUAUACAUUUUCCUAAAUAAAAUAGAACCUGAUUAAUUUGUCUGAAAUAAUAUGGAUUUAGUAAGGAAAUCCCCCGUAAAAAAGUAAGUUAAUUAUGAGGCGAAAGCUCUAAGCCAGUAUGACUAUAAAAAAAAUUAUAUGUAAACUAAAUUAUUAAAUUGUAAUGCGGACGCUAUAUAUUUUAUUUUCAAUGUCGUGUAUGUGAUGUCAUGUUCAUACAUGGUUUGUAAGUUAUAUCAAAACUGAUACAGUACUAUUUUUUAUUAAGAUCAUACAUUAAUCCCAACUUCUUCCUACCUGAGGUUAAAUUUGCAAAAUUCCUAUCAUCUACCAAUGGUCUACAUUUUAGAUAGAACCAUGGAACUAUUACAUAUUGGUAAUCACCAUUUUAAAUUACAGCCUGA